CCUAUACCCACAGACACGACGAGGGGGCGGUGCUUUGUGAGCGAGGUUACUGAGAUUGAAUUUGCAAUUGAACGUGCAAUAUAAUAGGCAUCUCGCGCGAGGGCACAGACAAGAUGUCUUUCUGCCUGGUUGAACUAUACCUGUGGUCUUUGAAGAAUACGUUGCAUGUUGGAGAUGAAGACCUUGGUAUACAUCAAUAUCAUGAAAAAAAAGAACCAGCCUUGUACUCUCUCUACACUUACCUAGAAGAGAAACAACAAUUUGUGGAAGCAAGAGGUAUUCCCUGGAUUUUGAAGAACAAGCGCCCAGAAAAACUACGAGACAAUCUUGCAGAACUUGAGGAGCUGAUGCAGAGCAGUGAGUGUGUGCUGAGCAAAUGGAAGAACAAAUAUGUCUGUCAGCUCCUCUUUGGUUCAGGUGUGAUCAUCUCCAUAAGCCUAUCAGGGCCGCAGCUGGAGAAAGUGGUGAUUGACAGGACCCUGGUGGGGAAGCUCAUCUCCAACCCCAUCAGUGAUGCUGUGUUUACAGACAGUUUCAUCAUCUUGUCAUUUCUCAAGGAAAACAAACUUUGUUUUAUCCAGUUUACAAAGAAGACAGGUUCUCCAGAUGUAAACAAACAGCUGGAAAAACUUUCACCUAUGGAUUUAAAGAUUUCCUAUGCUGACAUUCCUGGACCAAAAGGCAGGCAUUUAAAUCGUUGUCUUGCAAUCAAUUGCAUGCAAGAUCUUGUUGUUUGCUGGUGGCCAGUACCUGUAGAUGACGUUUGGCCUUGGUCUCCUGUCUCAAGUGAAAAUGACAGAGCAAACCUAGUUUUAAUAGGAUGUGCUCAUAACCGACUUGAGGUUUUGAGUUGCAUACGCACUGAAGGAAAUUUGCUAACAACUGGCUUUAGCAAUAAUCAGCCGUAUCAGAUCUAUACAUUGGAGAGCUAUGUGAAUUUGAACCAGGAACCAAUGGCUGACAGCUGCAUCUAUGAAUGUGCUAGGAAUAAAAUUCAACGUGUGUCAGUCACCAGAAUACCUCUGAGAUCCAAAGUUAUAAGUUGCUGCUGGAAUCUUGCUGAGGAUAAACUAAUUCUUGGUUGUGAAGAUUCUUCAAUAGUUCUGUAUGAAUCUCAUCGGAGGGUAACUCUUCUAGCCCAGUCAGAACUUUUACCUGUAUUAAUAAGAUGGCACCCUAAUGGUGCUAUAUUUGUGGUUGGCAGCAAUCAAGGAGAACUGCAAUUUUUUGACAUGGCUUUGUCACCAAUUAGAGCUCAGAUCUUGGCAGAACAUAUUUCACCUAAAUCCACCUUACAAUUCAGUAAACGGAUUGAUGUAUCUAGCAGCUUAGCAGAGAUGCAGUGGACUGUCCCUCCUAAUUCAAUCCAAAAUUCAGAUAACACAGAUAUCCAUAACCUGCUCUUUUUGAGAUUUAAUGGUGGGCCACUAGGAAUUCUUCAGUUUAAACUAGGGGCAGUCUCAAGAGGACAACUUGGACCAGUGGAGAUUAUCUCACAGUAUCUCCGCAAUGAAGAAGUAGAAGAAGCAAUUGGUGUAUUGAACUGUAUGAACUGGAAUGCAAUGGGCCAUCAGUGUUAUGCUUGUUUGAGUGGAAUUGUCAAUCACCUUCUGAGACAGAAGCUCACUCUGGAGAAGGAAGCUCAAUUAGAAACAUGUCUUGGAACAUUCUAUUCCCCAACAACACCUCUGUUGGAUGCCAUAGUUAUGGAAUAUAGAGAUCCAAUCAGUCGAUAUGCAAGGAGGUUCUUCCACCAUCUUCUGAGGUACCAAAGGUUUGAAAAGGCUUUUCUCCUUGCAGUGGACAUAGGGGCCCGUGACUUAUUUAGGGACAUCCAUUACCUUGCACUAGAUAAGGGUGAAUUGGCACUAGCUAAAGUGGCAAAGAAAAAGGCUGAAGAAAUAGAUGCAGAAUCAAUAAACGCCGGAGUUGAGACUGUUGUACCAAUGGACCGAGUUGAGGAUAUCAAUGAAUCAUUUGUUGACCUCUCUUUAACACCUCAAGCAGGAGAGAGUCAUCAUGCUGGAAGCUCAAACUCUAGCUAUUCAGCACAACAUACACGAGCAAGAAGACAGUUACUUAACAUUGAAAAUGAGAUUGGAAUUGAAGCCUACGCUGAAUCUUUGGAUAAAGCAAUGCCUUGGAAUCAGGGGCUUUCAAAAGAAGAAUUUACUGAAGAGAACAAUGGAGCAAAUGGUUCUCUAAAAGUGGUUCAUUUUGGUUUAGUGUAAACAGCACUUUAAGCAUUAAAUACAGAACAUUGCAAUACUGAGAGAGAAAAUACCAGGAGACCAUAUCCAUCAAAAGCAUUUAUAUACUUUCUACAAGGAAUAAAAUCAUUUAUUUUUGUAACUGAUGUCAAUAGCCACUUGUAAUAAAAAAAUCCAAAAA